AGUGAUGGGAGACCGGCUCAGGCUCAGUAGUCAUCGCGCACAGGUUUCUGCUCAUCUGCUUACAUCCUCGUUGUCUCUUUUCACAUUUCUACUCCUAUUCAGAAUUAAGAUACCUAUCUAUUUAGGGCAGAUUUGAAACGGUGUCGGACUUACUCUGUUUUAUACAAGCUCAGUUUAACUUUCCCUUUUGGUUAUAAUUAAUGUUUUACAUAGUUGCUCACCGACUGUCCAGGAUUUGAGGCAAUUCAGAGGACUGAGGCGACUUUACCAAAAUGCCUUGUUACUGGAAUACAACUUUUCCACGGAGUUCCUAUGGAAUAUAGUCCGCUUUUGCACAGUUUACAUGUUGUGCCAUCAUCCCACGUAAGGAACAAACUCUUUGUACUGUGCAUAAUGUUGUCCCUUUGGGUCUAUAUGAUAUAUUGCUGCGUCGGCUACUGCUCAACGGUGCCAAACCUGACGUACGGCACGGUGAGCAAACGCCAAAACGAUGCGCAAGUUGACAAUCAAGGGUCGCCUUUGGGGGUGUCCAGGGACUUGCUGAAUAAUGAAAAUGAGUUGGACAGCAGAGGAGACGAGUGGGAAGAAAUUAGAGGCGAAGCGAAGGCGCUGGAUGAUAAUGCCAUGUCGGGUUUCCUCAAUGAGACGGAGAGUAAAAAGUUGCCCCAGGCGAUCAUCAUCGGGGUGAAGAAGGGAGGGACGCGGGCGCUGCUGGAGUUCCUGCGCCUGCAUCCAGACAUCCGCGCGGUGGGAGCGGAGCCGCACUUCUUCGACCGCAACUAUGAUAAGGGACUGGAGUGGUACAGGGAAUUGAUGCCAAAGUCAUCAGAAAGCCAGCUGACCAUGGAGAAGACCCCCAGCUACUACGUCACAAGAGAGGUCCCCGCGCGGAUCUACACCAUGUCCAAAGAGACCAAGCUGAUAGUAGUCGUCCGAGAUCCCGUCACGCGAGCCAUCUCCGACUACACCCAGACCCGCUCCAAGAAGCCGGACAUCCCUUCCUUUGAGAGCUUGACUUUUAAGAAUAUGUCAGCGGGUCUGAUUGACACCACAUGGAGCGCCGUUCAGAUCGGCAUGUAUGCCAAGCACCUUGAGCGCUGGCUCCAGUUCUUCCCCUUGGAGCAGCUGCUGUUUGUUAGCGGAGAGCGUCUCAUUAUCGACCCUGCAGGUGAGAUGGCUCGUGUGCAGGACUUUCUGGGACUCAGAAGGGUGGUCACUGAGAAGUACUUCCACUUCAACCCCACAAAAGGCUUCCCUUGCCUUAAGAGACCUGAGGGAAACAGCAAGCCACAUUGUUUGGGCAAAACCAAGGGCAGGAUCCAUCCCAACAUUGACCCAGAGGUGGUGCAGCGGUUAAGGGACUUUUAUAAACCCUUUAAUAGAAAGUUUUACAAAAUGACUGGUCAAAACUUUGACUGGGACUAAGGGAAAUGUUAUUACAGACUAAUGCUGGUUCUUGUCUGUGUUUUUGAUAAUUGUAUCAUCCAAGAUAUAUUGUUAUACCGUGUAUGUAUUUGUUUUUGUGUAAAAAGCUCAAAAGUCUAUUUUAUGAUAAUUUAUUGUGGUGAUAUUAACUCACAAAGCUGCCUCACCGGAUUCAAUCAUGCUUAUAGUUCCCAGGUCACACAUAGUCAUUUAUCUAAAAGCACAGUCUGUUUUUAUAGGUAUUAUGAGCAGGAUCAGCAUCGUUUAUACUAUUUUUUUUUUUUGUUUAGCUUUUGUUUCACCUUAAGCUCCAUGAGCUCCAGCUUUGCAUUAAACUGGUAAUAUCCCCUUAACAUUUUCCUGACCCCCCAGAGGACUGUGCACCCACUUAGUCAGGUCGAUACGAGUCUCAGCUGAUGCCGUGCAACUUGCCAGGUGGAUCAAUGCAGUAAUAGCUCCUCAUCAUGUCACUUAGGUCUGAGUGAUGGCCCUGAUCUCUCCAGCAUCUCAAUAAAGCAUUAAUCCAUGAGUGGCAGUAAGUUCAUGGUUGACCCUUGAGCCAAAUUCAAGUUAAUACAAAAAUCUAAAUUUCCGGUGCAAUUUUCUGACCAGCUCAGUACUGUUGAUCCAACAGGGAGUCCAGACACAAAACUGUUUGGGGAUGUUAUUAAUAAUUUUCCACAGGGCUUUUGACACAGCUUCAUAAUGCCUCUACAGACAGGAUUUUAUGAAACUUAUAUGACUCUGUCCGAUUAUUGAUCCAUGCUGAAAUUGCUCGCAUUGAUCACUCUGAGCAUAUUUUUUAUUUAUUUAUUUUUAUUGCAGGUGAUGCUCACUGUAUUAAACUUCCCCUUUUGCCACAAUUAUUGGAGUGAAAGUGAACGGUACUUUUUCUUCUUUCAGUGACACCGGAAAAGAAAUAAAAUUGAUUGUUUUGCCCGUCAGAAAUCGUCAUAUAAGUCUUAGAUUACGGUUGAGUUUUAUUCAGCCUUUAUAAAGAUGCAUUUGUUGGGUAUUUGUCAUUCAUUUUGAACAUCUCUCAGCAAUGACACAUUGCAACAGCAUCAUUGUGGAGGUGCUACAUUUGCUGUAUACAUUGAUUUACAGUGCAAAUAUUGAAAUAAAGGAAGUUUAAGUGAGAUGCAGA